AGCACGUUCCCCUCACCAUGCCGCGCCAUAAAAACCCUAUUCAAUUUAUCCCAGCUUCUCUCGCCGCUCUAUCGCGCAGUUCGUGGACACUGCGCGUUCACCACGCUACGAAAUGUCCGUGAGAGCCCCGGGCCGCGGGCGCGGCCGUGGACGCGGCAGAGGACGCGGAAGAACCAUGAUUUGGGAGUGGGAAACCUACAAGCCCGGCCCCGAAGUCUACAACAACCUCUUCCGCCUGCACAAAACCCCACCCACGAUCACGCAAACCCUCCCGAACGAAUGCCCAAUCCCAAACGCGCAGUCCCGAAUCCUCAACCGCAGGCAGACCGAGGAUGGCUUCUGCCGCAACUACUACACCGUGCGCAUUACACACCUGCCCGCGGCGCACGACGGGUCUGGUGGAGACGGACACGGCAGCGAACAGACCAAGGAUGUGGAUAUGAGCCGCAUACUCAAAUACGUGUCUAAGCGCGAGCUGGAGCGCUUCGAGAACGCUGAGUUCAAGGCGGAAGCAGAGGCUGAGGCCGCGGCGCAGCGUGCUGAGGCGGAGGAGCUGGCGAGACGCAGGCUAAGGAAGAAUGCUAGGGUUCCCAGGAUGGGACGGGGGAGCCGGAUGCUGAGUGGGCUGGGAUUGGAUCCAGAGGCCCCGAUGAGGAGAGGACGGCCGAGAGGCAGGGGAAGAGGGCGCUGGCGUGGAAGAGGGGUGCGGACGGAGCUCGGUUCCGGGCUGGGGAUGGAGUCGGAGGAUGCCCAGCCGCUGGAGGCGCCACAUCAUGAAGGCGAGGAUCUACAGCGGAUUAUUGCAGAGACGGAGGAUGAGGAUGAGGAAGAAGACGAGUCGGAAGAGGACCUGCCGCGCUUGAAACAGCCGUCGCCGGAUCUCGUACGUUCCUCGUUCGUCGUCAAUAGUGCGCUUCCUGUCUCGCCUGUCGCCGCCUACCGGAGUCUCGCGAAACCCCCACAACUGCGGCAGGACAUAACGGAUGUUGAUGAGGAGGAGGAGGAAGAAGAAGAGGAACGGGACGAGGAAGACAGAACAUCCAUGUCUGGUGCUGCCGCACAGUUACACUUUGAGCGGCACUCCCACGAGAGACACUUCCUCGACUCGGACGAAGAGAGCGUGGAAGAUCGCCACCGGCAUCGUGCGAAGCGCCGCAGGACAGAAAGCACGUCGUCUUCGCGACCGCGCGCUCCCGCGACCGCUUCUUCGUCUAAACAGCUUCUCUCCCUCGCGCACUCCAUGUCGAAGAAGCUCGUCCACGAUUCCCCGGAGCCAGAAUUGGGAUCCGAAUCUAAAUCAGAAGAGUCGUCUGACGACGCCAUCCCUGCCCACCCGCCGUCCCAUGGCGCUGACGCCGACGCCGACGCCGACGCCAUGGAGGUUGAACCCUCCCACCAAAAUGGCCACGACGAAGACGAAGGAGACGAGUCAGACGUAGAGGAAUACGUCGUGGAAGCCAUACUCGCCCAUUCGUACGGAGGGGACAAGAAGUACUAUCUAGUCAAGUGGGAGGGGUGUGAGGACUCAAGCGAUUGGUUGCCUGAGGAGGAUCUGGCUGGGGCAAGCGAGUUGGUAGCGGCGUAUGAGGAGAGAUUGCAGAGGUGGAAAGGGAAGGGUGUAGUGCGGUAGAUGGGAGAAGGGAGAAGGCAGGUCUUCGAGGCAUAACGUGAAUGGCUUUUGGACAUGGCAUUGAUACCUGGGCCUGGAGGCAAGCUCUUAUAUGCGCGACUCAAAGGAGAUUUUGCGCCUAUCCGGACAUGGAGCACGACGGAGGAUAUCGUGCAUAGACUUGAUAGAUAUAAUACCAGCAACGCGUGAUAC